AUGUCAGCUCCCGCUUACAGAGCGCGCACUCCACAAUGUCUCCCACGCUCACGCUCUGUCGAAAGAUUUGGGAGCGUCGCGACAUUGACAAGAGUCGCGUCAGUGCCAAAUCUUUCAAGUUUCCAUGGCGGUGGUGGUAGGUAUCAGGGCUCUACUCUUUACAAAUACAGAAAGGACCAUGACGCUCUUGAUGAUUGGAACAUCGAUCGUUACAUGUUCUACACGCCUUACUACUGGCCAACAUAUCGUUAUGCUGCUCGCCGUUCGCUCUACGUUGAUCCCAUUCCGAACAGCCUGGGUUUCACCUAUCCCGAUUACUGGUAA